AUGAGCUCCACACCGUCCCAGGAGGAACCCUGGUCUGUCGUCGGUCCUCGACGGGGGAGAGGGGGGCGUCGCUCCGGCGCACCUCCGCCCGACCACAUACAUCUUCAGAACAGGUUUGACCUCUUCAGCCUCGAGGAAUUUCCUCCCUUGGGCGACGGAACCCGGCCCAUUCGGUCCCCGCGCCGGGCGCCGCGGGCCUCCCCUCCCGCUGUACACGAGCGCCCCGCCGGUCGCAAGAUUCGCCGCUCCAUGCCUAUCUUCACACCAGCUCCGCAGAAAACUUUCACCCGCCGUCCACUCCACCAGUCUCCAGCACCUCCAACACCCCAGCUACUACAUCCCUCCCAGGGACAUCACCCAGACGCACUCAUUGUAGGAACCUCCAUCAUCAGACAUGUCCGUGUAAACAGGUGUAACACAUUCUGCUACCCAGGUGCUCUCGUCAAUGACAUCUCACACUCCGCCCACGAACUUUCACAACAGAAUCCAUCAGUUUCCACCAUCAUCAUCCAUGCAGGCAUCAACGAUCUCAAACUACAGCAGUCAGAGACUCUAAAAAUGGACUUCAUCUCACUCAUCCAAACCAUCAUACACUUAAAGAAACACUGCAUCAUCUCUGGUCCACUUCCAUCACCCCGGUUUGGAGACGUCAAAUUUAGCCGUGUACAACAACUCCACAUCUGGCUUAAAGGUUACUGCACCACACACAAUAUUCCAUUUGUAGACAAUUUCACAACUUUUUACAAUAGACCAUAUCUUUUCAAACGUGACGGCAUUCAUCCAAACCACACAGGUUCCAGACUCCUAUCCACAAACAUAAAUCUGACUGUACAUUCCCAUAAACCAUUCACAGAUUGACAAUAUACCAACCCCACAUCCACCAGCACCCCCAUCCACACACCAGGUCCACAAUCAGACAUCUCCGCC